AUGAUCCGUAUGCUGGACAAUCUGCGACAAGUCGAAGGUUAUGAAGCACUCCCUGCAGAGAAUAUAGGGGGCCAGAUCACAUGUAUGCAUGUCGGAGUUGCCACUUUCGCAAAAGAAAGCGUUGUGUUCUAUAUUCGCGCCCAGAAUGCGGCUAUUGUCGUGCGCAAGUUUGCCCAGGAGUUUGUGUUUGAGUCGUUCGAAGUUGCCCCUUCCGCAGCAGACGUUAUGAAGGCAACGGGCAAGUUGCUUUGCUCUUAUCCAGGUCCCGCGAUUGCUGUACCCAAGGACACUGUGGAGGAUGUCCAUUUUGUCAAGGAGCUGUCCUCAUUUCUAGCUCAAAUGAGUGUAGAUGAAUUAGACUCCGCAGCGACUACAAGGAAGGCCGGGUCGACAGUCGUAGAAAAACGGGACUCCGCAUCUCCGGGAUAUAUUACGCAGCUACUCACCGGGAUACUACGUGGUGUCGGUCGUCCUGCGGAUGUUAAUCGAAUCUCCAAGCGAAUCAAUGACGACGUCCUGUGGAAGGACGCGUAUCUGCCUUGGCGGAGGUCUCCGCUAUGGCUUGUCAUCCGCGUCGCGUUGCAGACGUCGCUAGGCAGGGCCAAUGCCCUUUCAGAAUACAAGUCAUUCAUGGUCUUUUUCAUGUCUCGUCUGCUGCGGCUGACGGUUCGGGAGCAGUUCGCGAGUGAUCGUCUAUACUGCUUUAGGGCAAAACUCAGCAGGCGACUCUAUAAGCUGGGUUCGUCCGCCCCUCUGUUCAUCUCGCAAGAGGUGAAGGAGGCUGUGGACGAGACAGAAUCUCACCUACAGCAGCGAUGGCGGAAGAUUCAGGAGCAGCAAGCUGUAUCCCCACCUUGGUCACCCUCUACGCUAGACCUGCAGACCGACACGCAUCUCACCCUUAGUAACUCUCGCGAUUAUAUCUCCAAGUGCCUGACGAUCACGAAUACCGCCAGCGCAGCAUGCAGUUUUGAGCCCAGCCACACUCGUCGAUUGCGCGACACUCAUUGUUGCGACUUUCGCACGUUCGACGAGGGCGCUCUACCAACUGCAUUCGCUGCGAAUGGCGAUAUUCAUGUGGCUUUAGCCGACUUCGAGACGCUGGUACAGGAUCGCGUGGAUAAUUGGGUGGCGGAAUGCCUUCAUGAAGAAUGGGCUUCCAUCAAGCUCGCGAAGUGCAUUGAGCACUAUUCGCAAGCAGCUCAAGGGGCCUACGACGGGAAUCCUGAGGAUCAAUCGAUCAUGCUUUUGACGAUCUUCGAGCUAUGGGUUGCACUCGACAAGCUGGCCGUUACGCAGUGUCAGCUGUUACGGAGAUACUCCCCGGAGAUUCCCCAAUCACUAUUCCAUUCUCUGGUCUUACACAAGACGGUAUCGUUACAGCAUCUGUCGCGCAUUGAGACCUACCUCGAGUCCCGCCACGAACAUGCCGAUUCGGGAUCCAUUUUCUGCGAUGAAGUAAAUUCAACCUCAUUCGCUGUGCGUUUCUAUGAAACUUCUUCUGAACUUCAAGCCCUGAAGGAACGGAUCGUCGCCGAAGCCAACUGUAAACGCGACAGCAAGCGCGCUGAGCUCGAGGAACGCAACGAUGCUCAUCACAAUCUCAUGAUAGAGGCCAAUUCUCUUGAACACGAAUGUGAUCAUCUUCGAGGCAAUAAGGCCAAAAGAAAGCGGUGCCGGAAAUGCAGGCUGACUUGGAAGGCCAGAACAAUGACAAUCGUUCCUCAUGAAUGGCCCCUGCCUAAAGUUGCCCUUGAGGUGCAGGCGACCGUGUUCGAACUGCAGUGCCCAAUUCCUUUUCGCACUUGGCGAAGUACAACGUACGAAAUCCUUAACGACGUCUGUCAAGAUAGGCAUCGCAGCAAGGCGUCACCUCCGAUGGUUCUCAAGGACUACGGCGGGCUUAAGAAGUACUUGAAGUCUCAAGCCGUUAUGUCCUGGUUCAGCGUUGCUUCAUCGACGAAGUCAUUCAUACAGGCGCACUACGGCACCAUAUCAAUUCCUGCCACUGAGGCAUCAGUGUUCGUCAACAAUGGUCUGACCUAUCGGCUCUAUGAUGCUCGGCGCGAUCUAUGGGCAGCAGACUUCCUUCAGAACUAUAGCAAAGUUUCCCAGCGCUGCACAUUCUCAUUGCCCUUAACUGAUCCGUAUCAAAGCAUGCAGUAUGCAAUUUGUGGAACGGCGCAUUACCCAAAUGCUGUUCUGGCAUGUCAAUCGGAAUGCCCAAUGGAAUUAGACCUGCACGAGUAUACGGCUUUUGGUCUACUGCGCAGCGGCGGGUUGCUGCAAUGGUUGAACAUCCUUAGAGGGAUUCGAGCACGAGAGCUCUCUUUCGAAAGAGAGGAGGUCCACCUUCUACUCAUGCAAGCCAUCUGGCAGGUUGGGCCUUCGCAGAAUGGUGUCCGAGUGUGGCAUGUUGAGCCGAGCAAUCGUGUUUUCGGGUUACUCCUUCUCACGGAGCUGCGAGACCUACUAUCUAGCAUCGAGGGCAACUGGUCAAAUGUCACGUCUGCAAAAUCGAUCAUCAUGCUAUCGUGCCGUCUUCUUGCAUCAUCUGUGGACCGGUAUGUUAGGCAGUCUGCCUAUGGUUUGUUGCGCUGUGCACGGCGUAUAACCUUCCGAUGGUUGCACGAGCUAUCAGAGAAGUUGUCCAAGGCUGUCUGCGAGGAUGACAUCUUCAGUCUGCAGCUGCGCGUCUGUGCGAUGGCCGCGAUAUGCCGGUCUACAUAUGAUGUGGGUCUUGGCGAUUUGGAGGCAUUGUUGGCUUCCGAAGAGGAUGUUUCUGUCCUCAUACAGUGUGCAGUCCACCUGCGCGAUAACAUUCCAACCACCGAGAAAGAUAUCCCAUCCAAUUUGCCUCUUCUACUGGAGCGAGACCGGCGUCUUUCUCAUUUCUUGGAGCCGGCGCUACGGGACGUGAUUCGAAGGCUCUCCGGAGUGCUGGAUAAACCUCUCGCCAUACUGUGGCAAGAAUUCCAAGAAGGACAAACUUGGGUACAGAUGCAGGAGCCCAAUGAUCGUUGGAUGACUGUGGCUUAUGGUCGUACAACAGUCCAUAUCAAUGUUCUCAACGGAGAACUGUUAAAAAUAUUGGAUGUCAUACCGUCCGAUAUGCCAGGUAUGGAUUUUGCCACUCGAGCUGAUGUCUUCGGCUUCCAUGUGCACUUUUCCCUCGAUUGUGGCCAGUUGACCGUCAAAACGACAUCUGAUUCAACCGUCUACGAGCUCAUCCCCCACAGCAAAUUUAUGAGAGAUUUACCCACACCUCUGAUCGUCGACUACGUGCAUUGGUUGAAGAUAGAUACACAAGAUCCGAAGUGUGCCGAAAUCGAGCUCCGGCCCUUGGGAGACUUGUGGACAUCGUCGCCGGACAUUUGGCGUAUUCAGUUCUCGAUGAAUGGCAAUUCAACAAUGUCUCAGAGAGGCAUGCAGCUGCUUGACAAUCGCAGCCCGGCGUUCGCCAUGAUUUCGAAGCGUCUGCAGUCGCUUGAAUGCCCCGAGCAUCUAGUCAUUACACUUUCUGCGGAGAAUUGCCUCUUGGUCGAUCUCCCUCGUUUCGAGUUGUCCUUCGUUGUGGAGGAUGGGGAGCUGAUGUCCAGAAAUUGGCGGGGUCUCAUCGUAGACUCGAACCAGUCAACGAAGACGAUGCUUGGACUCUCAUCACAGCUCGUUCUGACUCAAAGAGGAAAUGCUCCCUCCCUUCCCCCAGAACGCCAUGUGGUGAUUCCCAUUGGCGAUAUCAAGUUUUGUUCCUCUGGGCACCAUGUGAAGGUCCAAGUAGAAGCAGGAGCAAUGAGUCGAAGGCACUAUCACAAGUACAGAAUUGACCCUAAUCUCGGAUGUGUGGUUGGCAACGGUACUCUUCUCAGCAAGCUAUACCAAGUAUAUCUACAUGCUCUGACUAGUCAUUGUCUUCCCGACCCUUUGACUGGACAGACGGGGACAGAGGAAGCGUUGAGCGAGCUUCGGUCCGCUCGCUGUCUGUCAUUCCAGAAGCUUGGGCCCGACGAAGUGACACUUCUGACCCAGAUUGGUGCCCUAACCCCGGAGCGUCAAUUCUAUCCAGCGCACCUUCGCGUCAUGCAGACUGUUCAUUGGUGCGACCUCAGCCCCAUAUCCCAGCGCACCGACUUUUGGGAUUGCACGGUGUUGAUCUUGAAGCACGCACAGAAUCUCACGGACAUAUUUUACCCAGAGAAGGACAUGACGUCGCUCUUGUCAGAUGCAUUGCAAAAGCAGACAAGUGACCAACACUUGCAGAAUAGGGCUGCUUUACGCACCAGCGUCAUAUACGGGCGUGAAUACUCGACCUGGACUACAACAGAUGGCGAUGACCUUCCAUAUACGACUAGAGACCUACCGCAGGACUCCACGUCGGAGAAAGAAGUUGCCACCGUUUCUGCUCUGGUCCACAGUUGGCCCACAAGGCUGCCUACAACGUCUGAUCUACUGCAGGUCAUGGUAUCUUGGCAAGAACCGAUAUCUGUGGCAGAAGACAUUGUGUUGUCUUACCGCAGCGAUUGGCUCUCACCGGCUCUGCCAGCGAUCUGGCUGUCAGUGUAUGAACAAUGCCGGGCGUCGAAUGCAGAUGUACAACCAAAGUUGCUUUUCAUUCUAAGUGCAAUGUCAUAUAAGCUGAAUGUAUCCCAUCCCGUGCAGCUUGUCGGGACUAUUUUGGCGUUUGCAACGACUCCGCAAUUUCGAUCUUUGCAACUUCCAAGUACGCUCUCCGCAUCGUAUAAUCUUGCAGACGGAUUUGCUCCCAGAGAGGUUGAACUCAAUACCCUGGCCAUCACAUUCACUGUUCCAUAUGAUCCGUGGACUUCCUCCCUCGAUCUUUCAAGAAGCGCGUUUGAGACGGAGGAUAAAUUUGCAGAACGCCGUCGUUCCCACCAUGACAAAUUCUGUGCUUCCAAGGCACGUGAAUUGGUAGGCUGCUUGAUUCGCCAGUGGCCUUGUCACACACCAUCUGCGCCACCUGGGUACUCAAGUAGCAUCAAUAUCACAGAAUUCAUGUUGAAAGCCAAGUCGAAGUUUCGGAGCUGGUAUCAGAACAGAGAACUGGAGAAUCACCUGAUACAGGUCCAGCAUAUUCUUCAUCAGGUGCGAGAGCAAAGUGCUCAUGUGAAGGUACCACACUAUGUUGUUCAUACUCCUUUACGCCCGACAACUGCUCCAAAAUGCUUCGUUGAUGCUACCGGUCUUCUUAAACGAGAAGCACCAGCUUUGGAGGUCCUUGAUGUACAGGCGUAUCUGGGAGAGACAUUCUAUCGACUGUCGGCAGAUUCUUUUAGAACAGAUGAACUUAGGUUUCUAAUCCGAGAAUUUGAACGUCAUCCCAGUUCUUCUUUCAAGCAGCAUUAUGGUCAGCAUCUUGAACGCAGUCGAGCGAUUCUCGAGGCUCAAGCGGGUUCUACUGUGCCGUAUUUUCCUCCAGACACAUUCGAAUCUUUUAAACAUUAUCGGGACCUCUGUCACCAGGCUUAUAGUUGCUCUACUGCCACCAUACAGCAAUUUCUAGGUCCCCGCAGCGACGUCGAGCGAGUUGUUUGUAUUUCAGGCCUGUGGCCACGGCUGUCCGCAAAAAGUCUAUUGCGAAUUUUGGCAUCAACCUCCCGGACGCACAGGACGCUAUCGAAAGAGUGGGAACAAUGUCUGGUAUCCUACGCCCGAACAUACUUGCAGUUUCAGCGCUCGCGGCGAUUGAUAGAGUACCUUCAACAGAAACGUUAUGAAGAACUUCUGAAAGAGCUCGACAAUCAGGAGUAUCGGAUCCAACCUGAUGAUUCAGGCUCUGCGUUGAACACAGACUGGCUUCUUGUUCAGAUUGAAAAUGACUUCUUAAUGCGCCCACUUCAGCAAAGCAUCGCUCGCGAGAUGAUUGCCCCGUCUUCUGGACGAAACACGGUCUUGCAGCUCAAUAUGGGUGAAGGCAAAUCCGCAGUCAUCGCCCCUCUAGCCGCGACAGCACUAGCAGACGGUCGGAAGCUUGUCAGAGUCGUCGUGCUGAAGUCUCUGUCGUCACAGAUGUUCCAUCUACUGGUAGAUCGUCUAAGCGGCCUAGCAAAUCGCAGGAUAUUUUAUCUUCCAUUUUCCCGUGACAUACGAAUGGGACCACAAGUUGUCCAGCGAAUUCGGAGUCUCUACGAAGAGUGUGUACGCGAGCAAGGAAUACUGGUUGCGCAACCAGAACACAUACUUUCGUUUAAAUUGAUGGGUAUUGAUCACUCAAAAGAUUGUGUGUCACAGGACGGGCAGAUCACAGAGGCACUGCUCGAGUUGCAGCAUUGGUUGGACACGGUCACCAGGGAUAUUCUCGAUGAAAGCGAUGAAAUGCUCAAUGUUGGAUACCAGUUGGUGUAUACUGCCGGACAGCAGAGGCCUAUCGAGGAUCACCCUGAUCGCUGGAAAACGACACAGCAUGUUCUGUCUCUGGUCAAGGACCAUUCCUCUAGUUUUCACAUCCUUCAUCCAGAUGAGAUGGAGUUCGUUCCGGGUACUGGUGGAACGUACCCCAUGAUUCGCAUCCUUCACGAUCGCGCUUGGGAAGGGCUAGCUACCGAUGUUGCCAGACAUAUUGUGAACACUGAUCCAACCCUCAGACAUCUCCCCGAGAAUCUCCGCGAGGCCGCGCUUAUGUUCAUCACAGAGAAUGUUAGCAGUGUACCUGGCUCCAGAGUCCGAUUGCUUGAGGAGCACUGUAAGGGUGACGGGCUGUGGAAGAAGCUGUUGCUCUUGCGAGGCCUGCUCGGACACGGGCUGAUCGGAUAUGUAUUGAAGGAGAAGCGUUGGCGGGUCGACUACGGUUUGGAUCUGACACGAACCCUGCUGGCCGUGCCAUACCGGGCGAAGGACGUUCCUUCGCUGAGAGCGGAUUUCGGACAUCCAGACGUCGCCAUCGCGCUCACUUGUCUCAGUUAUUACUACGGUGGCUUGACGAGCGAGCAGUUGGAUACUUGCUUUGAACUCUUGCUCAAAUCUGACGAGCGUGAGGUGCUGUAUGAGUCAUGGGUCCGCGACAAUGACGCAGUACCGCCAUUCUUACGACAGCUCAUAGGCAUCAAUCAUGAGGAUUCGCGCCAACGGGAACACUUCCUCGUACCUCUGUUCCGACGCUGCAGUGCCGUCAUCGAUUUCUAUCUGGCUGAAGUCGUUUUUCCCAGAUAUGCAAAGGAGUUCCCCGAGAAAUUGUCUACCUCAGCCUGGGAUCUGGCCGAGAUCAAGACGCAUGUGACGACCGGCUUCAGUGGUACAAACGAUAAUCAGGACCUGCUUCCGUCUAGCAUCACCCAGCAUGACCCUGUUGAUCAGCUGAGCACCAGCGCUCGAGUUCUAGCCUACUUAUUGCAGCCAGAGAACAAGACGUACAUCUGUGUCGGCAGCGAGUCCACUUCAGGUCGAGACUACUUGAACCUGCUCGUCAAACAGGAUCCCGAAGUUCGUGUCCUCCUGGACGUCGGCGCGCAGAUGCUGGACAUGGAGAACGCCGAACUGGCAAAGCAUUGGCUUUCCUUGACGGCCCACAUUGCGGCUACUGUGUUCUUCGACGAGCAAGAUGAACUGAUGGUUCUUACUCGAUCCGGCACAAUAGAAGCAUUUGUAUCCUCGCCUUACAGCCAGCAGUUAGAUCAGUGUAACGUCUACUUGGAUGAUGCCCACACGCGAGGAACGGAUUUAAAGCUGCCACGUAAAGCACGGGCUGCGGUGACUCUAGGACCGAAAGUCACCAAGGAUCGUCUCCUACAAGGGUGCAUGCGCAUGCGCAAGUUGGGAAAUGGUCAAUCUGUCCUAUUCCUUGCUCCUCCGGAAGUAGAUCGUGCUAUACGGGCAUUAUCUGGCACCAAAGACGCUGUGGAGACAAUUGACAUCCUGCGAUGGGCGAUGGUGCAAACGUGCGCGUAUAUCGAGCACCAUGUCUCUCACUGGGCACACCAAGGCAUUGGUUACAAGAAGCGCCGCACGGCGUGGAACCAGUUCAAAGCUCGCUCAUCCACGUCUCCCAGUGGUUCGAUUCAGCUGGCGACCUCGCAAAUGCCUUCUCUUCGGUCCGCUUGGCUGUCGCCUGAAGCGCGACCACUGGAAGAGAUGUAUGGGUUUUCUGCAGGGAUUAGUAACGCACUGUCGAUCAAUGAUGCCAUGUUCGACAACCCCGAACUGCGUGAUCGAUUUCAGUUGUUCGGCGUCACGUCGCUUCUCGAUCCCCAUAUGGAUGAGGAGCAAGAACGAGAGGUUAGCCAAGAACUCGAGCAGGAGCGAGAAGUUGAGCGGCCUCCAGCGGCUAAACCUGCUACACACCAUGUGCACUCUGAUGUCGAGAAUUUCGUCCUUACUGGAAUGAUCAGAUUGGGCCCAGCAUUCGUGCCAUUGUUCUCCCCGCUCGACGGUCUUCCAGGGUAUCCGGGUCAACACGUUUGUUCUGACCGCAUACUAGCGACGAAGGAUUUUGCGACCAAUAUUGAGAAGCAAAGAUCGUCGCAUCACCCUUCAGAUUGCAUGGCACCCGUGAAUUGGAUCAUUUCCAAUACUUCUCAGAGUCAUUUGGUGGUUUUCAGCGCGUUUGAAGUUAACAUACUACUUCCGAUGAUUCGACAGAGCACAGUCGUGUGCUUACACAUGUAUUCGCCGAGAGUCACGCAAAGCAUGAAGCCACUUGACGCUCUAAACUUCUACUGCAUCCCCACUCUGCGGAAGAGUUGGCAGCCUGAACCGAUGGACAUUUGCCAGCUGAAUCUUUGGGCUGGACAGCUCUACUUCACCAACCACGAGAUGUAUUCGCAACUUUGCAUAUACUUGGGUAUCUGCGCCGAAGAGCCACCAGAGGGUGCGAGGGUGCAGGUAGACGGAUUCAUCGAACCGCAAGAUCGCAUCGAGCCUAUGAAAUCUCUAUGUCCGUUCAGCAAGAGCCCCAUACCACUCAUGAAGGAACUCGUAGGAUUGCGGCGCAAGGGAAUGGGGUACAGAUCGACGCACAUGGGGAAGGUUCUGCACUCCGGUUUCCUGACUAGCAAAGAUUUCCAGUGA